CGGAGCGGGCGGCCGGCUGCGGGGAGGCGCCUGGGCCCGCCCUCCUCCGGGCCGAGCCGGGAGGGACCGCGGCCGGUGCGGGGCGGGGCGGGACGGGGCGGGGCGGGGAGAGCGCCUGGCCCCUCCUCCCCGCCGCCCUCCCCAAAGUUGCUUUCUCCCCGGGGCCGGCCGGUCUUAUGAUCCAGCGGGUCCUCCUGGGGAGGCUCGGGCGGGGAGCGGGCGCGGGCGCCGAGCGGCGGGGGCAGCGGGCGGGUGGGCGGGCGACGCCCAGGCGGGGAUCGCGGCGGCGACCGAGGCGGCGGCAGCGCGCCGAGCCCGCCGCCCCCUCCCCUCGGCGGGGGGAGCGGCUGCAUGGGGCCGGGGGGCCGGCCGUGCUGCACGGAGCGGCGGAGCCCCCAGGCGGGCUGGGGCUGAGCCCGGGGCCGGGGCGGGAGGUCCGGGGGACCAUGCCCGGAGGCCGGCGGGCCGCAGCAUGGCUCACGGGCCGGGCGCGCUGAUGCUCAAGUGCGUGGUGGUCGGCGACGGGGCGGUGGGCAAGACGUGCCUGCUCAUGAGCUAUGCCAACGACGCCUUCCCCGAGGAGUACGUGCCCACCGUCUUCGACCACUACGCAGUCAGCGUCACCGUAGGGGGCAAGCAGUACCUCCUGGGACUCUAUGACACAGCCGGACAGGAAGACUAUGAUCGUCUGAGGCCUUUAUCGUAUCCAAUGACUGAUGUCUUCCUUAUAUGCUUCUCGGUGGUAAAUCCUGCCUCAUUUCAAAAUGUGAAAGAGGAGUGGGUGCCAGAACUGAAGGAAUAUGCACCCAAUGUCCCCUUCUUGUUAAUAGGAACUCAGAUUGAUCUCCGAGAUGACCCCAAAACUUUAGCAAGACUGAAUGAUAUGAAAGAAAAGCCUAUAUGUUUGGAACAAGGACAGAAACUAGCAAAAGAGAUAGGAGCGUGCUGCUAUGUGGAAUGUUCAGCUUUAACCCAGAAGGGAUUGAAGACUGUUUUUGAUGAGGCUAUCAUAGCCAUUUUAACUCCAAAGAAACAUACAGUUAAAAAAAGAAUAGGAUCACGAUGUAUAAACUGUUGUCUGAUUACGUGAAAAACAUCUUUAGUGGCCAAGGAACUGUCCAUUUUCUCUCAGAGAACAUACAAAAUGCUACCACUAUACCUAGACCUCUUAUGAAGCAGUUUAAAACUUGAAAGAAAAACAGACCCUGUCCUCAGAAUUCUGUGUUCAUUAAGAAUAUUUCUUAAAGGUCCAAGAAGCAGCAAACAACAUCUGAAGUCACAAUCUAUUAUAAAUACUUCAUUUCAACGAGUAGGUACAAUCUCUCAGGGGUUUCAUAGUUUAAAAAGCUACAAUCACAUCAUGUUGUAACUACAUGAAACAAAUACAGUGCUGAAAAUGAACUGCCUGGCUUAGACCAUAGACACACAUUUCUGCAGUCUUCAUGGAAUCUGCGCCAAGAAAUAUUCUCUCCUCUUGCUCCAAAUUAAUUGUUCUUGUAUGUAAGUUGCUUUCUAUUCCAGUAUAUCCAGAGUGGUGAAAUAAUAAGGCCAGCCACGUAGCCAAGGGUUGCUCCAAGCGUGCAGGAGAUGGGCCAUACCUGAGGAGAGAAUGUAUGCAAUCAAAAAGGGAACAGAUGUUUUCUGAUUACUUGAGCACAAGUUCAGUGUAACCUAAAUAUUUCUAUAUUAAAGCUUACUGUGCUUUCUUAAAGAAUGCCAAAAGUGUAAUAAGGUCAUAACUGCAUUUAUCAUGAACACUAAAAAUGUACACAUUUUAGUUAAUGUGCAUUAAACUGUAACAAGGCUUCUGGCAAUUGUAGAUUUAGUUUGAUGCUCUCCAAAAUGCAUGAGAUACAUGCUAACUUUACAAAUUAAAAAUCGGAGUCAGACUUUGCCAUAAUCCUGGACUCAAUUUAGCUCUCUGAACUAGUUGGUAACUUAUUAAAAAUUGCUACAUUGGCUUGUUAUCAAAUGAAAUAAGAAGUGUGUAUGCUAACCAAACCACAACAAACUUUCCUUAAACUGUAUUAAGAUAAAAGACGUAGAAUUCAAGCAUGUUAUAAGAACUUCAUAACAAAGCAACUGCUCCAUAUAAAAUGGAUGUCACCUUUCAGAUACAGACAUUGGAACCAAGGCAGAAGUUGCAGAACUAGAAUGUAUGUCCACACCUAGAGUGUGAGUUAAAGGAAAUACUGGCUUCCAAAUAUGUUUUAAAUAUUUUCUCCAGCUAUAUUAUAUUCACUAUCUUACACCAGGCCAGAAGUAACUAACAGUGAUUUAUUUCACCAAUGAGCAGUACAAGUUGGGUCCUGAGGAGAAAGGCUCUACUCAAAGAGAGACAAAUUUCAUGUUCAUCAGUGAAACUUAUUUGGCUUACUGGAACCAAUUUUAAUCUUUCUCUGGAGGAAUAGGCCAUAGAACCAUUUUAGAGGUAAACCAUCUUAAUUGCCUCAUUAAGUUCUCCUGUGUUUGGUCUGCUAUGGCUCUGCCUUACUCCAAACACCAUGCAACAGACAACAGUGUUAGAUAAAAUUUCAGUGUGAAUAAACUAAUGUGUAGUUUAGAAAAUAAUUUACCAAGUGAAAUAUCUGGAUCCUAUAGAGAUCAAACGAAUCCAUAUUUUUCCAGCCUUUCCAACAUUUAAACUCCUCCUUGCCUAAACUAAAUCUUUGUCUUUGAUGAGCUUCUAUUAAUUUCUAUGACUCUAGCUAUCUCUAUUGCAGAUUGGAUAAUGAACACUAAACUUUUAUACUUGAAAAUGACAGUCUUAAAUGCUCCUAUCAGUCACAAGUCUAGGAUGUACAAUCUUGUAUGUGAGAUUUGUAAAGAUCUAAAAAAUAUAUAAGCAUCAUCUUCUCCACUGAAAAGUGGAUUCUACAGAAUAACUAGACAGGGGUUUUCUUUCUGAACUGGACAGUGGAGAUUACCUUCUUCCAAGAAGUGGUGGCUCACAUAAAGUACCAUGGUCUUAUGGAGUCUUGUGUAGUAUCUUUAAUCUGGGUCUGCUAUUUUUAGAACUCAAAGGAAUUAUGUAGACCAAUUACUAUACUAUUUAAAUUGGUCCAACACAUGGUAUAAAAAUAAUUAAGACAGUAAAGUAUUAUACUUUUCCAACCUGACUUUGGAGAAUUGAUGGGGACUUUUUUCCCCCUUCAAAUUCACAUCUCUGAAAUGUUUUACUUGACGCAGUAGGUGAUAAAAGUUAAAAUCUGAAAUUUGUAUUGCUUAAGAAAAAUGAAGUAGGAAUCUGAAAACACACACUCCAGAGUCACCUGUUUCUGACUGUGCCUCAGUUUACUCAUCUGUUUGGGAGGUAGAACAGAUCCAGUGUCUCGCCUAUUGACCAGGUGUUAUGAAUUUCUGCUUUCUUAUUUACCAUAAUCAUUGUUGGAAUUAUCUUUUCAGCUUCACAUUCUUAAGAUGGUAAAAAAAAAAAAAAAAAAUCACAUCUGUAGCAUGUAAGAACUUUAAGCAAAGAUGAUUGUAUCACCUGAACCUGAGGUGCCUUAGGUAUUCCACUGACCUUGAUGGGGUUUAGAGCUUCCCAUUGCUUACUCAGAACUUUUCCAUUGUUUUGGUUCUUUAUUAUUAUUAUUAUUAUUAUUACUUUACAAAAUAUUCCCUGCCCUUUAACUAAAAACCAAAGAUUUAUUUUCUGUUCAUAAGCAGACUGUAGGAAAACUGCCUUAUUUUCAGAAGUACAUCUUCAUUAAAGACUUAUUUAGGUUUCAUUAGAAAUUCAGACUAGUCACUGCAACUAGUUCAAAGUAACGACAUAUCUGGGGAACAAAAUGCUUCAGAAAUAAUUCACUGACAUGGACUUUGCUAGUGAAUGCAAAAUACACUGCUUCAAAUACAGUCAUGUAUGAACUUAAAAUUAUGUAUAAUAUUUUUGCAUAGAAGUAAUUAUUUCUAAAGUUCUUAAACAUAAUUUUCAGGGGCUCCCUGAAAUCUUUAAUACUUUGCUAACUCAUAUUCUAUCUCUAAAGGUACAUUUUAGGUGAGCCCAUGUUAAUUUUCAAUAAGUAGAGCCUGAAUUAAUGUAUUUAUUGUGAAUUAUCUUAGUAGUUACUUUAGGCACUGCUUCCAUUUUAUUAAUAAUUUUAAGUACCAAAAUACUGGCUUGUUGGUUGUUGGCUUUCUAAGUGAUUGUUACUUUGACAGUGCCCCAUCUUAACACAUGGGAUUACAAAUAAAAUAAUCUACAUAGUUUGCUA